AUGGCAGGUCUGUACUGCAAGUUGGAUCACGAGCGCGGUGUCUGGGCAGCACCCGCCAAUAAGCCACUUCAAGGAGGUGUGCAUCCCAUCUAUUCGAUUACGGACAGUCAACAAGCGAAACAUGCGUCCAUCAAUAUGAUCCGUGAAUUCCCAAGAGUAGGCUCACUGCCAUGGGGGGCAAGGACGUUGGAUCCAAACUCAGAUAUGUUCCGUUAUAUCUCUGUCCGCCGGUUAUUUGAUGCUGUCGCACGAUACAUUAGGUCAACUCUUCAGACCGUGUUGUCCGCACCCAAUGAACCACCUACCUGGGAGUAUGUCCGUACAGCGAUCGACACGUAUCUCUCUGAGAUCUGGCAGAAAGGCGGUCUGCAGGGUGCCUCGGCCCAGGAUGGCUAUUUCGUUCAAAUUGGGAGCGGUAUUACCAUGUCAUCCGAAGACGUCAGUCGGGGCUUGAUAAGAGUCAAAGUCGGACUGGCAGCUAUUCGGCCAGCAGAAUUCAUUAUCCUAGUGGCCAGCCAGUUGCAAGAAUAG